UAGGUCACAUUACACAUCGUCUGACAUAGCGAGUACUUCAUUUGCUUCGUGCUAUACAAAUUCCAUAUGAUACAAUAUUUAUACGGAUUGGUCAGCUGUAUAAUUAUAAUAGGCUCUAUCCCUCUUUUUUCGAGCUAGUUUCCCCGGCCCAACAGUGCUUUAAAUAUUCUGUUAAUUAAAAGCUAAACCGUCUGUAUCAGUAUUAUAAUUCAUAUAAUUGAAUUGACGGACCCACACGUCGUAAUCCUCUCGGUGCCAUCGCCAAGUUAUCAUUGGAUCUGAGUUGCUAUCUACCUAAUAAUUUGGGAAUAUUGUAUCUCGCAAAAUGAGAUAUCUACAUAUGCAAUUCUUUGAAUAAUGGCCAAGGUCGCACUUAUCACCGGUUCUACGAGUGGAAUAGGCCUUGGUAUUGCACGGGCUCUGGCAAGCAAGGGACGUUCCAUUAUCCUGACGGGGUUCGGCAGUGAGGAGCUUAUUGAAAAACACAGAACUGAAAUAGAAAGUACCUACAAUGUUCCCGCCACUUACCUAUCUGGAGACCUAUCACGUGAUGAUGACGUCAUAGGUUUAUGCAACAAGAUACACUCUCAGCAUCCAGGAGGAGUUGAUAUUUUAGUCAAUAAUGCAGGUUUUCAAUACGUAAGUCGGGUAGAAGAAUUCCCUCUCGAUAAAUGGAACAACAUGAUAUCUGUGAUGCUGACUGCUCCAUUCCUUCUCACUCAAAACCUCCUACCGGGAAUGAGAACGAAAGGAUGGGGCCGAAUUAUCAAUAUUUCUUCUGUACAUGGCCACGUAGCUUCUCUCAACAAAAUAGCUUACGUCACAGCUAAACAUGGCAUUCAGGGAUUUACAAAGGUUGUUGCCUUGGAAACGGCAAGGUCAGGGGUCACGUGCAAUGCUUUAUGUCCUGGAUGGGUCCAAACAGAACUUUUUGAAAAGCAAGUAGAUGAAAUAUCGGAACAGAGAGGGAUAUCCUGGCAAGAUGCGAAGGAGGUUCUGUUGGAGAAGCAUCCGUCUAAAGAAUGUACCACUAUGGAGCAAGUCGGAGAAGCAGUCAAUUUCAUCUGUUCAUCGGCUUGUGACAACAUGACUGGGUCAUCAAUGGUUCUAGAUGGUGGAUGGACUGCGGUCUGAACUAGCUAUUGGGACCCAAAGAGCAGGAUGUCGUGCUAAUUGAGCUUGAAAUAGACGCUUGAUAACUACUCUGAAAUACAGUAUAUGCUUACUCUGAAAUAUAUCUUUUAACUUGCCUGUGAUAACGUGACUGGCUCAUUGUUCUUGAUUGAAGAUGGACCGCGGCAGCUACGGGACCCAUGGAUCACUAGGUCGUGAUCAUGGAGUUUUAUGUAGAGACUCUUUAAUGACUGAAUUGUGUUCAGUCGAAAAUCUUAUGCUUAUUUUGCUUGUGAUAAGUUUGAGUUGAUUAAUUAUAAUUGGUUCGUGAUAGAGGACAAACCUUUUUAAUAUAUUUUAUGUGACAAUUAUAAUAUUAAGAAAAUAAUAUCAUAUUUCAAUCCUUUCAGAGGCCGCGGAAAACCCAAAUGACCAUCUUUUUGUAAUUAUUUGAAUGGUUACCCCCCACCCCCACUUUCAAAACCGUUCCUUUGUUUUUCUUCCUGGUUAUCUUGGUGUUGAAAAUAUUAGGGGUCUAUGCGGAUCUUCAAGCCCCCCCCCCCCAUCUAUACGCCAGAGAGUGGAAGGGGCAAAGUACUGCUCUUAAAGCUCAUGUUAUACUUAAGGGUCUAGUUCUUUCCCCCGUCGAGCAAGUAGAAAUAUGAGAUAUUUUCUUGUGUGUUUUUGGUAUAGGGGCGCGUCUCAUAAGACUUACACUCCGUGAUAAAUUUUCCAUUAUUGUAACUACGAGGCCGUCAUUAUUUUCACGCUCACGAUGGCGGUCUCCUGCACUGAUUCGUUUAAACUGUUUUCUUUUCAUUGAAUAUUGCUUAUUGUUGAUAUUUAUUGUUCAUUGGUUUACUAUGACUAUUGCUUAAUUGCUUUGUAAAACUUAAUUGUAUCACCUACAUGUUAUGAUGCAUAUCUAUCCUGAGUGCAGAAAUAAAAUAAAUAAAGAAUAAAAAACAAACGUAGAAACCGUUAAAUUAAUCGGCUUAUUGGUCCCGGUA